AAAAUUAUAAAUGUAUACAAAAUACAUAAAGACAUAUACUUUACAAUAACUUUACAAUAUUGUAGUCUUGGUUUUCUUCAUUGUAAUUUCCCAACACAGUGUAACUUUAGUUGAGCCGUACAGUUUCGUUCGGAAUGCACCAAUUUAACUGUUAACUGUUAAAUGUUGUGUAGGCAUCGCUGUUUAUGCAAUCUUUUGAAUAGAGUGAUGGUGAAGCUUCUUUCACUUUUACUUCCUCCUUCAAGUGGUCUGACAGGUAUACUUCCUCAUUGUAGUUCGACAGAAAUUAGCUGUGUGUAGGUCGGUGCGACGGUCAUGAAGGACGAUAUUAAAGCAGGAGAGCAGGUGGAGGUGACCCGUCAGGAGGUUUAUGACGGUUACGUUAAGUGGUAUCUUCAGUGUACAGAGGUUGGGCUGUGCCGCGACGCCUGCCUGCUGGACACGGCGGCUCGGUACCUGCAGAGGGAACCAGAGCCCAGUGGAACUUUCACACUUUUCCCAUUCUACACUUCUUUAAUUGACGGCUGUGCAAACCUGAGCACAGACUGCAGGAGACUACUGUCUGAUUUUAUCAAAGCCGUCGAACUGCUGGAAACACUCUGCGUCAAUCUGUUCCUUCAACCAUGGAAGAAGGAAAUCAAGACUCUUAAGACUUUUACAGGGCCAUUUGUUUACUGUCUCCAGCCAGUUUUCAGCAGUUCUGCCAUUCAGUCCACGCUGGCCUCUAUUGGCUACCUUCCCCACUCUCAACAAAGCGAGUACAGACUCAGCGAGGAUGCUAACCCAGACAGAGCAAUGCUGGUGGGUUUUGAGCUGCUGCUGGCUAGGGUUGAGUGUUACCAGCUCCUGGAGCUCCUUGACAAGGACCAGCCAGGACCACAGAAAUGGCUGGAGCUUCUCCAGAGCAGAGUGCAUGCUUCAAAACUAGAAGAACCCACAGAAAAGAAGACAGAAAUUGUGCACAAGGAAGAGGAGGAGGAAGAGGAGGAGGAGAAGGAAGAGGCAGUUAGAGAAGAGGUACCUCAGUAUUUAGACAGCAGGCUUGCAGUGAAGCCCCUGCUCAAGCCUCGACGCUGCCACCUCAACACUGUAGACCGGUCCAUCAUGGAGAUGCAGAUGACCUACCCUGACCUGGCCAUCAGGGGCCGCCCUCUCCUCUCAGACAAACCUCACAGAGCAAACAACACCAGGGGGAGCAGUAAAGCAGUUCAUACUGCUAGCACUAGUGAUUCCAGUGAUGACAGUAAAGCUGCUGAGCUCUACAGAAGGGAUAUUAUUAAAGACAACAAAGCAGCCGCUACAACUACCUGCAGUAAGAAUUAUGGCAGCAAAGCUGCUGAAAUGUUUGGUGAGGAUGGUAGAAGUAGUGGUCAGACGUCCAUCCCAGGAGAUGCCAUCAGCAGCAGCUUUAGUAACACUGAUGAUGAGCCCGGUCAUCCUCAGGCCGUUUCCCUGCACAUCACACUGAGAGCUGGAUCCACUGCAGAGAAGAGGCUGAAGCCAGGAGACACUCAGACCACAGCAGAACCUCCUGCCAGGAAGCAACAGCAGACCACAGCAGACCCACAAAAUAAGAGAGUGACCGACCCAGGGCCUCCCUCACUGAGCUCCAUGGAUGAGGAAUGGGAGCUGAGAGAGCUGGCAGAGAAGAUGGGCCAGCUUCAUGUGCACGAAGCCAUAGAGGAGUCAAAGAGAAAAAAAGAGAAUGAGAGAGGUGAGGAGAGCACAAAUAAAGAGAGAAGGAAGAAAGAGAGACAGGCAAGCGCAGGGAGAGAGGCAGAGGAGCAGAACCUCCAGAGGCCAGUGAUACAGACAGGACCAGCGCCAACCCACGCUGCCAGGAGAUGCAGCAGAUCCUCUCAGUCUGAACCUGCCGUGAUGAAAGAGCAGAAGAAGCCUUCAGCUCUGACCAUCAGUACAGCAGACCGUCAGAGCUGCAGAGGAGGCAGCACAGGGUGGCAGGAAGGAGAAGGCACUGAAAGAUCAGAAGCAGCCAGAGGAGACGAGGAGCAGCUGACACACUCUUAUGUCAUACUGUAGUCGAGCAUCAGAAGAAAGAACAACGUGCUCCUAGGUUGAUGUACAUGUUUUGAACUCAAUAAUAACAAAACUACUGAGCAAACCCUUAUACUCAAUUGCAAUGAUUCAUUGAUUAGUUGGACAUGAUUAAGUUGAUCACCAACUAUUUUUGAUUUGAUUAAUCGGUUUUUGAUCUUUGGGUCUUUUGGACAAAACGAGACAAGAGCCUGACCAUUAUAUUGGUUUGCUAAAAUUUUCAGCCAGUAUUUGUCUUACCACAGAUAUUGGUAUGGCUAAUAUGCCUGAUGAUGAUCAGAAAUCAUAAUGCAGGAAAAGAUGUUUUGGUUCAUUUACAUCACAUUCCCAGGUAAGUUUACUGUUUUAGGGCACUGAUGUCAUUUUAGACAGUAAAGUUUAUUGCUAAAUUGUAAAAUGUUCUGCCUCUGUAACAUAACGUUGUCACAAGUGUUUGAUAACCACAGUUUAAGGACAAUUGCAAAAAAGACAUCUUUUUCUUGAAGUUUUUUUUUUAUUUUUUAUUUUUUUUUAUUUCCUAAAUUCUAUUUUAGCUUUGGUUCCAAAACUUUAGCUCUAAACAAGACAUUUGAGGAGAUAAUCUUUUAUCAUUCUAUCAUUUUUUGGACCAAAAAACUCAUAGAUUGAUGGACAUAUUGAUAGAUAAUGAAAUUAAUUAUUGGUUACAGCCCCAUAAGCACAAACAAUACUGUUUGAAACAGUCAGUUUAAAUUAAGAUUAAGACACAAAUAGAGAUUUCUGCUACUGCUUGGCUGAAGGAUGUAAUGAUUUUGGUUAAAUUUACUAUGAGGGAUCUGUGAAAAAAUGUUCUACUUGAAAUGAACCUUUCUUGUCAAUACUUUGAGAAGUUUAAGUAUCUUAGGGAAUGACCCACUGGAUAAAGGCUAUUGAUUGUAAAAUUCGGUGUUAUUAUGAAUUCCGUAUGAUUGUUGAUUUAAGAUGGAGGGUUAGGGUUAGGAGGAUGCAGGAGCUGCAUGAGGAAGCCUCCCAUGUUCAUUCUCUCAUCAGGCAGCCAAAUCCAGCUGAGCUGAGGCACGCAGACUGUGGCCACUCCCUCUAUGAUCUUAGGUCCAGGACCACAUAAACUCAGUGCCCAUCGACUAUAUAUAUAUAUAUAUAUAUAUA